GUAAAUAAAGAUCUAUAUGCGAUGGAUGGAGAACAGAGGUUAGCUUGUAGCUGAUCCGGACGAAAAAACAUUACAAAAUGUCUGCCCCAUACACAAGGCUUCAAGAGAACAACUUCCAUCAUGGUAUGCGGUCACCUUACGCAUCGUACCCUGGAGUAUAUACCCAAGCAGUACGGCCAGUGGUGUCCAAUAUCUCUGUCAUAGGGGUACAGUACAAUGGUCCUCCGUGCAGGGACUAUCUGGGUCUAGCCAUCUUCGUCUUGGUCUUCUUUCCUCCCAUUGGACUUGUCGCUAUCCUCAAGUCCAGACAGGUUCGUGAUCGUGCAUCCGUAGGUGACAUCAUCGGUGCCCAGCGGGCCUCGGGUACGACCCGGCGCCUCUGUUACGUGGGUCUCGCCAUCGGAUUCUUCCUCUGGAUCGCGUUCCUGACCGCCGCGAUGAUCAUUUUCUCGCAGACCGAAAAGAUAGCAUUCGGCGAGGUCUCGCAUCCGAUUCCCGAGACGCGGCACUUCAAUUUCACCCUCCUCACACGCCCCCGAUAGGCGGUUCUCUACAGGGCUCCCUCUUGUGGUGAAAAUAGGUUUUAUAGAAUUGUUUUUUUUUACAUUACUUCCAUUUUUGGUUCAAGUUUGGUCCAAUUUUGUGAAAGUUAUUAUGUGUCUCUUUCUAUACAUUCACUCUUCUCUCAUUCUCUGUGUUUAUAGGAAUGAUGCAAGAAACCAAGUGUCAAUCAAUUGCAAAUUUGUAAUUGAUUGCCGAGCUAAAAAUCAACUAGAAUUUUUGUUGCAACAAGCACACCAUGCAGUGGUCGAUUGCAAAUUUGCAGCCAAUGACAAGAUUUGAGAUUGAUCUUUUUAGAUCGUAUGACUGACCUGCAAGUCGUUUGCAAAGUUUUUGCAGCACUGUUUAUGUCUUUCUCUCAAGCCCAUUCUUUCGCCAUAAUUACUGGGGUUUUCCCCUCUCUCUAUACCUUGCUAAUGGUCCCACCCUAAGAAUGUUUUGCUGAAAAUUGAUAUAUCACUCGUUUAUUUUGGUGCUACUUCGGUUAAAAUUGGGCUGUCUUAAUACUUUUUUUAGUAGUUCUAAAGUGAUUAAGAAACAAUAUUUUGUUUCUCAUACAGCUUAGAUUAUAGAAGAUUUAUGAAGCAUGUCCAUAAAAAGUAUACUUUUUAAAUUGGCUGUCCUACUUAAACACACAAUGAACUAUUAGUGAUUCUUGUUCACAGAGCAAUCUUCUAUUUUUUAAAGGGACUGAAGGAAGCUUAAUUUAUAACACUCCUUUCCUUGAAAGCACUGUUUCAACCAAAAAAUAAUUAAAAAUCAAUUUUAUGAUUUGUUAAAUGUAAGAACUUGCUCUUUUUUUCUCCUUUUUUUUACACCAAUCCUUACCAAAGAUUUAUGAUAUGUACAUGAAUUAAUUGAAGAUGAAGACUGUUCCAUGUAUAAUAUAUUUUGAAAGGUUUUGAAACAAAUGAAAAAAAAAAGAAUAAACAAAAUAAAUGUUAUGAUAAUUUUGUUAAAAGUAGGAAAUGUCCACUUUUUUUCAACACCAAUCCUUACCAAAGAUUUAUGAUAUGUAUGUGAAUUAAUUGAAGGGUACUUCGAUUUACGAUAUAUUUUUUAAAGGU